CUCACAGAGUCACAAUAGCCAGCAAACAAGGCAUGUAAACAAUUGUAAUUGUGCAAAAAAGAGGCAAAGAAAGUGUACAGCGGCGAAGGGACGCAAAAAUUCGUGAAUAAAAAUUUAAAUGUAUUUAGUGUGUGCCAAAGCUAGCAGCGUUGCAACGCCAUAGUGAGUGAGAAAAAUCAAUAAUUUAGUAAUUGCUGAAUAUUAUAAAGAGCAGCAGCAUGGAAUGUAUUUAAUUAAAAUAAUUGAUUACUUGUACUUAUGUUGUAUGAAAUUAUUUAUGUGAAUAGCUAUGUACAAAAAGAAAUAAAAAGGACGCGGUUGGAUUUAGCGAAUUAAGUAUUGCACAACCUUCAAACGCCCGUGGAAGGUGUAAUUUGGCACCGUCGCAUCGAAAUAUCAGCGCUUCCGAAUCACUCCAAAAGCAGUUGGAACUUCCCGCCAAUUCUACGAUAAAAAUUCUAAGUGAAAAAAUAAUAUAAAGAAUAUAUUUACGUGAAACAGUUUUCAUUUAUCGCUGCAACAGCAUUCCUUUACGUCCAGCUGUCAAACGCCUGUACCUGAUUCUGAUCGCCUGGCUCCGCUGUAAUCCUCAACGCCAGGAUGAACGCGUCACAGCGUCAAGAGUUCUGUGUGCGCUGGAACAGCCAUUUGGGUAGUAUUGGGGCUGCUUUUCCGCAACUGUUGGCCGGACAGCGUUUUGUCGAUGUUACCUUGGCAUGCGAGGGCCAUCAAGUGCAUUGCCACCGACUCGUGUUAGCUGCCUGCUCAUCGUAUUUCGACAGUAUUUUGGCUGAGAAUCCAUGCAAACACCCAGUCAUCAUUUUGCCAAGCGAAAUCAAGCUAUGGGAGAUUCAAGCACUGGUCGAUUUCAUGUACAAAGGUGAGGUGAAUGUAACGCAAGCCGGUUUGCCUCAACUGUUGCGCUGCGCCGAGCAGUUGCGUAUACGCGGCCUAUAUGGCUCUGACGCCGCGUUAAAUUUGAAUCAGCUGAAAGCGUUAACGAACAAAGCAGCCGCAGCGGCUGCCGCAGCGACGCAACAACAGGCGGAUGGCAUUGAGACCGAUACGGACACAGCGACCAACUCGACCACAACUACGACAGCCACUGCGGCGAGUGCGCUACAACAGCUGCACGCCGGUGGCGGCAUGACAGCAGCCAUGAUGACGCAAGAACUGCAACAGCAACAGCACCAGCAGCAGCAGCAACAACAAAAAUAUCAGCAGCAACAGCAGACAUUUAUGAUUAAAAAGGAAAUACCUGCGCUGCACGAAGUGGAGCAAGAGCAACAUAUGCAGCAGCAACUACUGCAACAACAACAACAGAGCAACGGUUCAGUAGCACAUAACGCGAUGCAACAAAAUCACCUGGAACACCAACAGCAGCUCGUGCAGCAGCAGCACCUACAACAACUGCAGGCACAACAGCAACAACAACAGCGCGUACCACAAGCGACGCUGGCACAUGUAGCGAAUGCAGCAGCUGCCGCCAUGGCCGCCGCUGGCGCUACGACAAAUUCGAAUGCCGCCAGCGAGGAAGAUGAGUCCGCUGACGAUUCCAAUUCUAAUCAAGCUUACGAAGAGUACGAAAAGUUUUCGUUGCAGCAGAAUAUGGCCGCCAACAAGCUGAAAGCAUCGCAAGCAGCUGCCGCAGCCGGUGCACAUGUCGACUCCACCAUAGAGGAUGAUCACAACUAUGUGGCGGCGCACGAUGAGGACAGUAGCUAUGCGGAUAACGAACACGAAAGCUCGGCCAAUGCAUCACUACUCAACGCGUUGGCCGUGCAGGCGCACAGCGGACGAGGAGCAAGUGCUGGUGCUGGCAACGAAAUGGCUGGCUCGCUGAAACGUGUGCGCCGCUCCGAAGCAUCGUUGGCGCAGGCGGCGAAGUGUGUUUCGAAAGGCCAAACCUUCCAAACUGUUAGCAACAUGUUUAACAUACCAGUCUCGACAAUACGCUUCUUCAUGGCACGCAAGGGUAUACUGCCGCGUCGAAAGCGAGGACGGGGCGCUUCAUCGGCAGCGAACAAUGCGGCAAGCGGUGGUGGUGUGAUGACGGCCACAGCUGCGGCAACCAUGGCGCAAGCGUUGUCGCAAAUGAAACGCUCAGAUAGUCCGCCUGGUUUUCAAACGCAUCAGCUGGUGAGCGGCGCCAGCGUGGUCAGUAAGACGCACAUUUAAUUCGGUCAGCAACGAAGGACAAUGGGGGAAACGUCAACGUCAAAUGUCACAGUAAAGUGCAAAAAAAAGCGAUUUUAAAGCUCUCAACGGUUACGAGUGAGAUUCUACAAUUAUAUACAUACAUACAUACAUGUGUACACAUAAGCGCCAUAAAAAAAGAAAAACUCUUAAGUGUAAAGCAAAGAAACACAUUCUACCGGAAACGCCAAUUAACUUAUGUAAUUAGAUUUAUAGUGAUUUGAAUAUUUUUAAAUUUAAUUUUUAUUUAAAUAACCGACACACAGGAACUAUAAGUUAAGAUGUAAAAAAUAUUUGUAUAAUUAUGGCUUCUACUGUAAGAAUAGAUAUAGGUUUUUUUUUUACAAAUCAUACAAAAACACAUACAUACAUACUCACAUAUGUACAUACUUAUAUGUAUGUAUUUGUUAAUUGUGCAAAAUUGUUUCAACUAUCACACUUUUCUCGUACGCCUCUCGCAUAGUCAAGUUUUUGAUGGUUUAACCGUAGAUCAGCCCUACAAAAAACUUCACAAUUCUAUACCGUGUAUCUUUUUUGAUACAUACUGAAUUAUUAUUAAAAAUGACACAAACCAAUGUGUUUUUAACUAGA